CCGAGAUAAAAAAUCCUAAGUAUUACAUGUACUAAGUACAUCAUAUUUCAGUUUGAAUUAAAUUCCAGACAUCGAGGGAAGAAAGUGAUCGAUUUGACAUGGGCCAGAGUUUGGAACAAGGCGAGGGCUACGCUACCUGAUUCGCUCCCCACGUUAUCCCCUUUGAUUCGCAGGAGCUCAGGCGUUAUCGUAGUAAUCAUACCUAAUGCUAAUACCGGGCACAUUAGGGCGACGCUCGCAUCAGCUUGUACGUGCUGAAGAUCGCACACUUCCCUUUGAUACUCGAGGGGUUGUUCUUCAAUUUUUGCAGCGAGGGCAUUCUCAAAGAGAAUUAGAUCAUUUCUGAUCGAAUCGAAAAUGUGAACACGGUUAUCAAAAUCGCAGUUAGUGCCGAAUUCUUCGAAAAUUUAUUUACAUUACGGGAUAAAGAACCAAUUUGUUGGUUCUACAUUUAGAUGAUUUUUAAACAGUAAAAGUUUCCUAAGGGAAGAAUCGACAUAGCUACAUAUCUUGUUGUGAACUGGUUGGGUGCGUCUCUGUAACUUUAAAUUCAGGCUAUAUAGGUCAGGGGUGAUGAACUGACAGCCUGAAGGUUACUCGUGAUCUGUACGUCACCACGUGACCACACGCACACUCGUGCUUCGCACACCGCACACACGCCAAUUUCUCUUGUCGUUCACAUUUUUGGUGGAGGUGGAACGAACUAGCUGAAAGGACAAUGAGUACAGUCCGCGAUGAUGAAGUUUGUCCUCCCUGGAAUAGGUCUACAAGGGAUCACUGACCUACCACUGACAAAGAAAAUGCAUCAACAAUAGUACCCCAUGGGUACUCUAUUGAUCGAGUGGUGCUCCGAGUCGAACGGGGCAACGCGGGGAGCGAGACGCUGCGACGGGAAUCAGGAGCAAGGAGGCGUAGCUCUCGCGGUCUUUAUGUUGUGUGGAGUCUUAUUCCGACCUUUGGGUGGAAUGACCGUUACACGUACAUAUGUUCGUGUGUAGUAAACAAUGUAUUGGAUGCCCCCACCCUAAAAGGCACCCCACCCACGCAGAGCAGAGGAAAGAAACGUAACCUUGGUUUUGUAUGGGCCAACACCCGACACUCACUUUCGCGGAGCCUAUCGAAGCGAACGGUACCAAAUUUUCGAGGAGCUCGUCGUGAGCUGGUUUAAUAAAGAUAUUUCGAAAUGGAGGAAGAGUCCACGACACCAACUGUGAAAAAACGGGAAGAUCCGGCCGCUAGUCGUCAUGGAAACUUUUCAAAUUAUUACGAUGUCCGUCCUGUGGAAGAUCGCCUGCUACAACUUCCAUUCGAUGUGUGGCGACCAACCCAACCGGGCCCUAAAUACGUAGCCCUAGACGUGGGCUGUAACGCGGGGGACCUGACAUUCCUGUUGCGCAGAUUCCUAGAAAGAUUCGUGGAAGAAAGAGAGGUGUUUCUUCUUGGCGUGGACCUCGAUAUGAUUUUAAUCGAGCGAGCGCAGGAACGUAAUCCGCGGCCGGAUCGGAUGACCUUCAACUGCCUCGAUUUUGUCGAAGAUAGUAGCAACAGAGUACUGGGAGAAUAUCUUCGUCAGACCGGGAAACCGCGUUUCGACGUGGUAUUUUGUUUUUCAGUUACAAUGUGGAUCCACUUAAAUCACGGCGACAAAGGAUUAAUCAAAUUCCUGCGGAAGGCUUGCUCGUUAACGGAUAUGAUCGUAAUCGAGCCACAACUAUGGCCCGGUUAUGAGAAAGCCUGCAAGAGAUUAAAACGAUCCAAAGGCGAGGAUUUUCCGUUGUUCGAAACACUGAGAUUGAGGGGGGAUCCCGCUGCACAUAUCCAUAGCAUAUUAAGCCAAUUAUGCAAUUUCCGAAGGAUCAAGGUCACUGCGGAAAAUACUUGGAACCGGAAAAUAUUAAUCUACGAGAGAAGGUGAACGAUUACUCUCCGGAUUUGUACGCGUCCAAUCCAUCUCACAUGACUGAAGCAAUAGUUAUUCUGGUCGAACAACUAUUUUUGUUAUUCAAGUAACUCAAUUCGAACAAAACUUUCAAUCUGAAUAGAUCAUUAUCCACAUUUAGUUGGAUCCACAUUGCUAUGUUAUUAUACAUAUAUGCAGUGGUGUACUGGGUGUACUGGUGCCCGAGGCGCAAAACAAAAUUGAUGCCUUUAAUAUGCUAUAGGCCCCUAAAAUGAAAACAUAAUUAAUAGGGAAAAAUUAAAUUUAUAAAAUUUUAUUUGCAGUAUCGAGAAAUUAAUUUCUCUGAAUUAAAAAAAUUUUUUUUUUACUUUCUAGGCUUUUGCUUUGAAAAAUUAUUGAUAAUUUCUUCGUAGUCUAAGGUAUUAACUAUAUAAUUUUCGAUGAACAUCAGAGCCAAAUCAUUUAAAACGUAGAAUGAUCUUUUUCCGCUUGCAUUAUAAAUUGGUAUGGUAAUAAAUAUUUUUCUGUAAGUUCAAAAUUAUUUCUCGCAUCAUUAAUGAAUUUUGACAAGGAAUUAAGUAAUUUGGUUCCACUUGACGAAUUAGAUUUAAUAUCUUAUAAAGAUUUAUACUUUGUAAGAAUUUAUCAUAGAUAGUAAUACCGUGCGAGAUAUUCAUUUUGUUGUAUAAUAAUGUGUAAUAAGCGUAUUAGUAUGUUGAAAACGACAUAUUUAAUUAAUCAAUAUGAAAAUGCUGGUGUUCUCUUUUGUGGAAUAUAUUUUUUACUUCUUGUUUUAAACGUGUGGUUUCUCCUGAAAUUUUUGGUGCCAUCUGUCCCACAAUUUUUCAAUAAGAUUCAGAUAGUGAAAUUACACGGGUGAUUUACAGAGUGAUAUAACUUUAAAUCUUUUCUUAUUUCAAAGCAAUUUUUGCUAAAGUAUUGUUGGAUACAUCUAAAUAUUUAUAUUGCACGUAGCAAGCGAGAGUAAUAGCAGCGAUAGAUUCAUGAAGGUCGCAAUGAAAAAAAAUAACGAUUUUUGGUGGUCUCGUAAUAGACAGCUCGUUACAUCUUACGUACCUCUUUCGUCUUUUUAAAGUAAAUCUAAAAUAAACAUAAAAUUCACAUUUUGCCAAUUUUGACUCUUUCUUCGGGGAUCCCAGGCGUACGCCUCAAGCGCCUUGGGGUUAAUCUGCCACUGCAUAUAUGCUCAUUAUUGCAAAAGCACAGACUUUUGACAGAUAUGACGAGGCUUGUUCCAACGGAUACCCGGGGAAGUAUUAUUAAAUACAACGCCCACGGGAUCUGUAGUCAUCACGCAAGACGGCUUGAAGAGCUGAAGCUCUGAGGAAGGGUUUAGUGUGCAGGCCGGUUUACUGGAGAGUCCCAUACUGGCUGGGAGCGCAUGUCUCGCCCCGCCUCCUGAAAAAAUAAAAAAAAAAGAUCCAUAAAGAUAUUGCAUCUUAUGGGUUUUUCUGUCUCAGCUUCAGGGCCUCUAGAGCCUCCUUGAAAUAAUGGGUAUUUACAACGUUAAUAAAUUUAUAAGCUUUGCAGUGCUAUCAUUCUACAUUGGGCCACGCGCCACGACCGUAAUCGAAUGUGGGCCUCUUGAAGACAAUUAUAUUAAACAGUACCAAAGAACUGGUAAUAUUUUUUUCUGAUUGAGAGAAGUCCAAACAUGCCAUAAAUCGGAUAAAAUGGAGUACGUGAGAAUUCUUACGUUUCAUACGAAGUUCACCAACCAGCUUUACUUACGGUUUUCGACGAUAUAUUUUAAUUUGCGUAAUUUUUGGUAUAAGUAUGUACGAAUAUCAGCAUAUACAUAUACGAGAACACAUUAACAAUUACGACGUCGCUAUUUUGUAUGCCUUUCUUAAUAUCUUCGUAUUAAGAAAUAGUAACUUCCAUAUUAAGACGAGUAUUAUUGCAUAAGCCUUAUUAUAAGAAGUUAUGUAGAUGUGUGGAAAUUUUGUUAAUAUUACUUAUAAACUAUAAAUAUUAAAAACCGUACUUAUAUUCUACAGAACUAAUUCUAUUCUAUUCUUACAGGACUAUUCUACUUAUAUUCCUUGGACUAAUAUAUUUAAAUAGUUAGGCGGCAUAUACAUAUGGAUGACAAUUGUAAUUAAAAAAUAUGUGAAUUCAAAAUUUCAAAGUUUUUUAACAAUUUAAUAUGUAUAAUAAAUUAAAAAUGGAUUUUUUGUUCAAGUCAACGAAUAACUACAUAAUUGUUUAAUGAAAGUAUUUCAAAUAAAACAUGUUGUAGCUUAAGGGA